AUGUCUGAUCUUCCCCCCCUGCCACUGCCUCCAGGUGUGACCGAGAACUACGUCCACUGCCCGUCCAACGGCCUCACCUUCCACAUCCUCGAAGCUGGACACACUCCCCAGCGCGACCGGCCCCUGAUCAUCCUCACCCAUGGAUACCCCGAGCUCGCCUUCUCCUGGCGGAAGAUCAUGGUCCCCCUCGCCGACGCCGGCUACUACGUCGUCGCCUUCGACCAGCGCGGCUACGGCCGCACCACAGGCUGGGACACGUCGCCCUUCGACAGCGUCGACAUGUCGCAAUUCACCCUGACCAGCGCCGUGCGCGACGUCGUGGCCCUCGUGUGCGCCCUCGGCUACCGCGCCGUCCACUGCAUCGCCGGCCACGACUUCGGCGCCGUCACCGCCAGCCUGUGCGCGCUGCUCCGCCCCGACCUGUUCCGCAGCUGCAUCAUGAUGAGCCACCCGUUCAAACCCCCCACAGCCCUGCCCUUCAACACCCGCAACGGCGCCGCCCUGCCCCCGGCCCCCGCGGACAUCCACGCGGCCCUCGCCGCCCUCGACCCCCCGCGGAAACACUACAAGUGGUACAACAGCACCCCCGCCGCCGCCGCCGACUGGGCCCACCCGCCCCAAGGCCUCCCCGCCUUCCUGCGCGGCUACCUGCACGUCAAAUCCGCGGCCUACCGCGCCAACACGCCCGCCCCGCUCGCCGCCUGGAGCGCGCCCGAACUCGCCCGCAUGCCGCACUACUACAUCAUGCCACUUUCCGCCACCAUGCCAUCCGCCAUCGCCGCCCUGAUGGCCUCGGAGGACGCCUCCGCCACGACGCGCUGGAUGAGCGACGCCGACCUCGCCGUCUACGUGCAAGAGUGGUCGCGCACGGGCUUCCAGGGCGCGCUGAACUGGUACCGCACCACGACGGACCCCGCGCGGAAACGCGAUCUCGAGGUGUUUGUCGGGCGGCGGAUUGAGUGUCCGACUAUAUUCAUCUCGGGCCGUAGUGACUGGGGCAAUUUCCAGGAGCCGGGGGUGCUGGAGGGGUUGCAGGGUGCUUGUGCGGAGUUUAGGGGCGUGAGGUAUGUCGAGGGCGCGGGGCAUUGGCCGCAGCAGGAGCAGCCCGAGAGGGUUGUUGAGGAGAUGCUGGGGUUUCUUGGGGGGUUGUAG